CAAAUGUCGGAUACUUUUGAAGGAUUAUGUAUUUAUCCUAGCAUUCCACUUAUUACUUUUCCUUCGGCAUCUUUGAUUCCUCUAAUUUGAGAAAUGUUGGUUUGAUUCACGAAUCUGUCCUGUAGUUUUAGUGGGUCAACAUCACUCUAUUCUCAGGCCUUAAUCAAUUUGAAGAAGACCAAGGUCAUUGUAGUAGGCUAUCGUCUCUUCUUUUACGCGCUGCCAUUUGCGCAUUCGUAAAACGGAUGUUUACACAGCCAGACACACACACACAGCCAUCAAACACGUGGGCCUGUAUCAAAAAAAUCUAAUCAAAUCAUAUGGCCAGCCGUCAUACGGAAAGGUUCGGCUAAGAUCGAGCCCUAUACAGCCUGGUCACAACUUCAAACUGUGAAUUGCUGUGCAGGUUUGCACGCACAUGAGACAGAGCCCACCCACGCCUGAAGCUAUAAAUGUGUAGUGCGUCCGAGCGCCCUCACACCGAACUCCCAGUCGCCAGUAGUUGGAGGUUUUGCGCGCCAAGGGACUCAGCCGUUCCGGUUUCAGCUAUGUCUGGGUUAACACUUAGCAACGUCUGCCAUGGGGCUUUACUGACUUAUCUGGUGUUUUUUUCGGUGCUUUCUCUCACUACCGCUGUGAGCUUCGAUUUGACAGAGCUAAGGAAUAAAGUUGCAAAGAUUAAAGUGAACCCGAGAGGCAAUCUUUGGGCUACAGGACACUUUAUGGGCAAGAAAAGUGUGAUGGACAAGCCUCUGCUGUCAUCCGCCGAUGGGCAAGGUGUUGACGCGCUGCAGGUGGCACUGGGUCCGGAGCAGGACGACCUGGGGAACAUCUUCCAGGAGGUUCUGCGGGUCGCUCUACAAGCGCAGAUCGACACGCAAGAGACCCGCUCUAAAAAGCAGGAGUCAGAGUUGUUGAUGAAGAUUUUGGAGAGCUACGUCGACAGCAGCAAAAAGUGAGGCGUGGGGAAAGCACUGCUGAGUGCUGACUGCUACUACGCAAAUGGACAAUUAAUAAGCAUCGCGAUGUCACUGAUGUUCUCAUGCAUCCUCUUGAUUGUAACUCCCAGCUGCACAGUAAUAUACAAACGCUGUUUUUGGUUGAUUUGAUUUGGCCAGUGGAUAUUUGAUCUCAAAUGUAGCCUAUUACCUUACAAUAUGUGUUUGCAUAUGUGGAGUGUAUGCUUCAAAUAAAUAUCAUUAAUUUAUUUAA